GCUGUCAGCAGGAGGGAGCUGUGAACCCCGGCAGUGCUCAGGGACAUGUUGGGGCAUCAGGCCUCCCCUGCCUGGGGGAGGCAGGCUGCCAAUUUGCCCUGUGACCCCUGAGUCCCAUGGCCUCCUGGGGCCUCAGGACACCUGCCCCUAGCCUAUCCACGGACAGGAGCAGAGCCAUGUGCCGGCUCACUACCUUCAGCUUCAUGGCAGCUGAGGAGAUGCAUUGGCCCGUCCCCAUGAAGGCCAUUGGUGCCCAGAACUUGCUAACCAUGCCUGGGGGCGUGGCUAAGGCCGGCUACCUGCACAAGAAGGGUGGGACCCAGCUGCAGUUGCUCAAAUGGCCGCUGCGUUUUGUCAUCAUUCACAAGCGUUGCAUCUACUACUUCAAGAGCAGCACGUCAGCCUCCCCACAGGGCGCCUUCUCUCUAAGCGGCUACAACCGGGUGAUGCGGGCAGCUGAAGAGACAACGUCCAACAACGUCUUCCCCUUCAAGAUUGUCCACAUCAGCAAGAAGCACCGCACCUGGUUCUUCUCGGCCUCCUCCGAGGACGAGCGCAAGAGCUGGAUGGCUUUGCUGCGCAAGGAGAUCGGCCACUUUCACGAGAAGAAGGAGUUGCCCCUGGACACCAGUGACUCCAGCUCGGACACAGACAGCUUCUAUGGUGCAGUUGAGCGGCCUGUGGACAUCAGCCUAUCCCCGUACCCCACAGACAACGAAGAUUAUGAACAUGAGGAUGAAGAUGACUCGUACAUGGAGCCUGACUCCCCCGAGCCCAUGGAGCCUGAGGGUAUCAGGAGGACUGAUCUGGCUGGCUCUGCUCACCGGCUCCUCCCACGUCCAGACACCCUGACCCACCCACCGGCCUACCCGCCGCCUCCUGUGCCCACACCCAGGAAACCAGCCUUCUCCGACAUGCCCCGUGCUCACUCCUUUGCCUCCAAGGGCCUGAGCCCCCUGCUGCCACCCCCACCCCCUAAACGUGGCCUCCCUGACGCCAGCCCAGCUCCCGAGGACUCCAAGAGGGACCCACUGGGCCUGAGGCGGCCUGAGCCUGGCCCCAGGGGGUCCCUGGCCCCACGGAGGAUGAGUGACCCCCCGCUUGGCCCCCCGCCAACCACGCCCAGCCUCUGGAAACCCCCUUGCUUCCGUGAGAGUGCCAGCCCCAGCCCAGAGCCCCGGGUCCCCAGCCAUGGGCCUGGCUCUGCCUGCAGCUCUGCCGGCAUGGCUGCUGCCUCCUCCAGGAACUGUGACAAACUCAAGUCCUUCCAUCUGUCUCCACGGGGGCCACCCACACCUGAGCCUCCACCUGUGCCGGCCAACAAGCCCAAGUUCUUAAAGAUGGUGGAAGAGGCCCCCGUCGGGGAGGCAGCCAGGCCCAGACUCUUUGUGCCCCCUGUGGCCCCCAGGCCCCCCGCACUGAAGCUGUCCACGCCUGAAGCCACAGCCAGGCCAGUGGUCCUGCCGAGGACAGAGAAGCCACCCCUUCCCCACCUGCAGAGGUCACCCCCUGAUGGGCAGAGUUUCAGGAACUUCUCCUUUGAAAAACCCCGACGGCCCUCAAAGGCCGACAGCACCGGUGGGGAGGACUCUGACGAGGACUAUGAGAAGGUGCCGCUGCCCAGCUCUGUGUUUAUCAACACCACGGAAUCCUGCGAAGUAGAAAGGCUGUUCAAAACCACAAGCCCCCAGGGAGAGCCCCAGGAUGGACUCUACUGCAUCCGGAACUCCUCUACCAAGUCGGGGAAGGUUCUGGUCGUGUGGGAUGAGAGCUCCAACAAAGUGAGGAACUACCGCAUCUUCGAGAAGGACUCGAAGUUCUACCUGGAGAGCGAGGUGCUGUUCGUGAGUGUGGGCGGCCUCGUGGAGCACUACCACACACACGUGCUGCCCGGCCACCAGAGCCUGCUGCUGCAACGUCCUUACGGCUACACGAGACCCAGGUGACGCCGGCGACUCCUGCUGCUGUGCAGAGACCAGCCACGGGGGCGGUGACCCCAGGCCACACAGAUGAGAUGGGCCCACUGGGGUGAUGAGCCAGAUGUAGCACCGUGAUCCUUCCCAGGGCCUCCCCAACAGAUACCUUCUAGAAUCUUACAGGCCAGGCUCCUCUCAGCAGGCUGGGUCCUUGGGGCUUGGCCAGGCUCUGCUCUCCAAAGGAUGGGGGGGCCGGGAGUGCUCUCCUGUGACACGUACCCCACCCUGCCCCAGCUCCCCAGAGCCCGCGGUCCCAGGACCGAGCCCUGCCUGGGCUUUGUGGACAAGAAUUGUGGUCAUCCCUCCCACUCCCCAGCUCCCCCAGCACACUAACCCGGCACUGUGCUGGGAGCUGGGCAGGACUGGGCAUUUGGGGCAGGGGCAGGGGCUGGUCCCAGGACUGCCACCCCCAGGUGGCAAAGACAACAGGCUCUAGGAGGGGCUGUUGAUGUACAAUAAAGCACAGAUGACCUUUC